AUGCGACCAGAAAGCACGUGGACCAACCAAUUCCUCCCCUAUUUUCCUGAAUGGGCCAACCUGUGGUCGGACAGCUUCGAUAACUUUAGUCUGCCUUCCAUUAUGUCUUCCUGUUCUGAUCGCGAUGAAGAAACUCUUCCACCCACUGCCUCACCUCCCCAAUCCCUGUCUUGUCAACUACCAGCACCAAUACAACCAACUCCCCGUUGUAGUGCCCGAACUACCCCACUUCGCCGUCAAUCUUCUAUGAUUAUCCCUCCAUCUGAUUCUCGGAAGGCCGUACCAAGCGAAUCUGAGGCUGAGUCCGAAGUCCAGGCUCCCAAGAAGUCUUCCAAGUGUCCUCGAGUAGACUCUGAGGAUGAAUCAGCCACGGCAUCUGUCAACUGA